AUGGUCGCCAUGUUAGAGGAUGAGAAGCUAGAAGUCCCCACCCGAGUCACAGUCAAUAUCAGACCCUUCCUGAGAUCAGAAGUACCAAAUGACUAUGCCGGACCGUACUUUCUUGGCGUGGAAUGUAAAAACCUGGUGGUCGCUGCUCCAGAUCCUGGUGCAUUUUGGAAUGUGGCUAAACAAGCCUCAAAUGACGUCCAUGCCAAACUGAAAAACAACGUACCUAUCAAGGAAUGGUCAGUCAUGAAGUAUCUGAUCCCAGUGGUAUUUGGAGCAAUGAGUGAAGAACCUAAAGAAGAUGAUGGAUUCGCUGGACGUUCCCGACAGCUAGUAGUUUUCACUAAUUUGGGUUACGCAAAGUUUCUCGACGGAUCUCCCGAUGAUAGCGUCAUCCUUCGAGCAAGGUUCGGUUGUUCUGCCGAGCACCAACAAGGAACCAUUUUUAGUAACAGCAUGAUGACUUUUAAUGGAAAGUUAUUUUGGACAGUGACUUAUUACAGUAACGUUGUAAGUAACGCCUUAGCCCAGAAGUAUGCCAGUUUGGUUAAAGAAACUAUUCUUAAAGCGAUUGAAACGUGA